AUGGAUGAUGCUUUGCGUCGCAGCAUCUUUGGUUCAUCUGAUGAAUCAGAUGAACCAUCGCCGAAGCGAAGGCGCUCGAGGUCGCGAGACUCGGGCGCUAAUAGUGGUGUCGGUUCUCCUAUGGACACCACUUCACAUCGAGGUGCCAGUACUUCUGUCGGCACAUCGCAGGAAGAGCGUGACCGCAAUGUGUUGCGUCUCGCUCCUGAGAAGAAGGCAUGGAUGCCUCCCAAAUUCUGUCAUGGAUCACUUGUCGGCGACGACGAGUGA